UCCCGGCCGGCGGCUCGCCCUUCUGUCCUUGACAUUGCGACUCUGUGCUUCGCAAGUGGGCGGGCUCUGCGCAUCCUGGGUGACCCCUUCCUCUGCAUGUUCCUCACUCUCACUCUUGCGCCUACUCUCACUCUCAUCCUCGCUCUUUUUUCUCACCUCUCUCUCACUCCCCCUUCUGCGCUACCCUUUCCCUCACCCUCACCCUCAUUCGUUCCUUACUGCCCAUCGAGGGGACUUGCCAUCCGCUUUUGCUGCCCAUCCGCUCAUUGCCUAGACCAGACCAAUCCGUACACUUUCGAAUGGUCGUCCCAUUCCUUUCAUCCCUGCUCACUCACCCCCGUAUCGCUCAUCGCAUCGGUUUUAUGACGACCGUCUCGACAGCUUCUUCGGCACGUGGUUAUAUCGCUUUCAACAGCCAGCCUUCUGGCGCCAACCGGCUGAGUCGAUCCUUUUGUUCUUCUUGGCCUUGUCCCUAGGGCCUCGGCUGCAUUUGGAUUGGACUCGCGGACGCAUAUCGACGUUCACUCUAAGUCCAAUUCCACCCUGUCUCAGUCCUCUAUCCAGAUCACCUCCAUCAUCCCCAGACGACGAACCACUCCGUAAUAACAUCCGUCCAUCAUGGCCUUCAACCAACAAAGCCAUCACCCAAUUGACAGCGCCGCAUACCCCUCCGACUCAAAUUACUCCCCAGCCGGCCAUCCCUCGAGCUCCAUCAACAAUGCCGCCUACCCUUCAGACUCGUCCUACCGGCCCUCCGACCCGACGAUGCCUACCGACGACAAGCUCGCCAUGCCCAACGCCCGCUAUUCCCAGUCGUACAACGCGGGCCCCGGUGCCAACAACAACAACAACAACAAUAACAACAACAUUGGCAACAGCGGACAAUCGCCAUACCCGUCAUAUCCUGCAAACGCGCAGACCCAGCAAGGCUGGGCUCGCUCGCCCACCCACGAUCCGCUGCUGGGCCCCUACUCGCCCGCGCGUGGGCCGAUAACCCCGUGGAGCCCAGACGGCAUGUCCGCCGCAAACCCCAACCUGCCGCCGCCGCCGCCGUAUGACCCCUCAAGGCCAGGGUCCGGCACGAACCCCUCGACCCCUCGAGACCCUGUGUCCCCGCACUCGUCGGAGCACGCGCUACUCGGCGCACAGCAACCCCACCAGCAUCAGAACGCGGCGCAUCCCCCACGGUCACGGGGCGACUACACGAGAACCUCGCAACAGUCCCCCGCGCCGGCGGCCGCGUACGUCGCCAACGCGACGUCGGUGCAAGGUGAACGGGGCGGAGCGCGCGCGCACCUGCAAUCCAUGACGGGCGGCAUGCCAGCUUAUGGCAACAGUCCCGGACAGCUCGGGCCCGUCGCACAGGCGAGGCGGCGGAGAAAGGUGAAGCUCGGUAUCCUCGCCGGCGUUCUCUGCGCCGUCUUGCUGUUCCUGGUCGCUCUGGUGGUGGGUGUCUUGGUCGGCGUGGUCAAGGUGAACAACAAGAACGACAAGCCGCCGCAGCAAGGUCCGCCGAGGUUUUGAGGGGAACGAGGUGACCAUGGCCCCCGAUUGGGAGGGAGGCAACGUUCAUGGUUGCGGCCCCGCCUGGAGGACAUAACUUCAACCGAUACCCCAUUACUUACUUAUUCUCUUACCCUUCUUCUUUUUCU